UUUCACAAAAACUUACAUCCAACACACUCUCAUACACAUCCUUCUUUGAAAAAAAAAAACCCAAAAAAUCUCCUUUGUUUCCUUAAGAAAUGGCAAUGUCAAGGAACCUUAGUCUUUUGCUUUAUGUCACUUUGAUGCUUAUUGUAUUGACAGCAAACCAGGCUUAUUGUCAAUCUUCUCAACCACAAACCAAAAGUGGCCACUCACUGUACGGCGCGUCACAAGGAAGCCUCCAUCCUCAAGAAUGUGGACCACGGUGCACAAUGAGAUGCUCAGCCACAGCAUACAAGAAGCCGUGCUUGUUUUUCUGCAACAAAUGUUGUACAAAGUGUCUGUGUGUCCCACCUGGUACGUACGGCAACAAGCAACUAUGCCCUUGCUACAACAACUGGAAGACCAAAAGAGGCGGCCCUAAAUGCCCUUAAUUAUCUCAACUACUCUUAUAACUAAGUAUUUAUUAUUGCUUCUACUUCACUAGUUGUAGUAGCUAGUAGUAGUAGUAGCACUAGUAGAAUAGUACGUACUUCCUUCAAACCUAACUACAUAUUUUAAGGUCGUUUUUAGGAUCUACUACUACUAUUAUUACCCAAGAAAUGAUGGAACCAUGUAACUAAGGUGUGGUUCAUUCUAUUUUAUUGAUGCAUCGAUUAAUCUACAUGAUGUAAUUCGAUUAUAUUGUAAUGUAUGUUUUACGAAUUAUAUGCAAUAUACUACUAUAAUGUAAUGAAAUUAUCCAAGCUCAGUACCUGUAUUACAUUU